AUGCUAUGGACAGCAUUCGUCGAUUGUUUUAAGAAAAGGGAAUUAUCGGAAUCUAGUAUCCACGCCUUGGCCUGGAUGGUAGUCGAGUUGCUCUCCUUUCCACCCUCAUCGAGCAUCGAUAUCAAAGAUGACGCCCAGGAAAUCUUCGACGAUGGAUAUAUGUUUCUCUCUUCAUCUCCACAAAUCCGAUCAUUGGCAUAUAAAAUUCAAAACAUGUUGAUAAUUAAAUCGAACAAUGCCCCCUUUAAACCCGACUUUGCACCCGGUGGGCGACACGACAAUGACUUUACAGAUUUUCGAACGGUCGCCAUAUACCCAACAGCCCAUGAGUUCGCAUCGACUGAGAAGCCGUUCUAUCGUCGCAUGGACGAGAUAUCAGAACUGUCCCGCGAAAAACGCAUCCCAGCCCAUCUGGACAAUCAGUUUCGACUUAUGCGAGAGGAUAUGUUAUCUGAACUCCGUGAUGACAUCCAGAUAGCCCUAGGAAAGAAAAAAGGAAAAGGAGGUGCAUCUUUACUUCAGAAACUAUCCAUUGUGGACAUUUCUUGCGGCGAUGAUAAGCGCCUUCGCCCUUGUUCACUAGCGAUUUCCUGCGCAAAGGGACUUAACCCUCUCUCUACUCGCUCAGCUACCGAACGAAAGACAUUCCUAAAUGAGAACUGUAACUUUCUCAGACAUAAUUCAUUUGGAUGCCUGCUUCGUAAUAAAGAAAUCAUCGCAUUUGCCACUCUGGAUCGGAAUGUCGAUCAACUCUGUCUUGACAUACCGAUAGUUAUCCUGCGGGUUUUGGGAGACCAAGCAAUGAAGAAGACAUUGACAGCGUUUAAGCUCUACAAUGACAUCCAGUUCUUGCUUGUUGAUGCUGCGGUCUUUGCAUAUGAACCGAUCUUGAAAUGCCUUCAAGAUAAAAUAGAUCUGCCAUUGUCGCGAGAAUUGCUCGAAUAUCAACGAGAUGGGCUUGCGCAGGAAUCCAGCCUCAUUCCAGACGACAUGGUGCAAAACAUACGAAAUGCGGGAGACGAAAAUAUUCAGUUUCUCGUUGGUACCAAAAGUCCAGUGAAACUUGACCUCACCCAGCUUCAAUCGUUUGUUUCUGGCUUGACGCAGACGGUUAGUCUCAUACAAGGACCUCCAGGAACUGGAAAAUCCUUUAUUGGGGCAUUACUAGCCAAGAUGUUCCAUGAUCACAGCAAAGAGGCGAUUCUCGUGAUGUGUUAUACAAACCAUGCACUAGAUCAGUUUCUUGAAGACCUCCUAGACAUUGGAAUCAACUCGUCAUCAAUCGUUAGACUCGGAUCGAAAUCCACCACUCGCACCCAACCUCUGAGACUAUCCGCUCAAAAGUCCUCGUAUAGACACACUCGAAAUACUUGGGACGUGAUUAACAAGUAUAAGAAUGAAGCGGCGGACACUAGGGAGCGGUUGACGCUAGCAUCCAAUACAUAUGCCGAGUUCAAAGUUGAUGCACGCACGAUGCUUGAGUUCCUUGAGUUCGAGGACCCGUCUUUCUACAAUGCAUUCAUGCCACCGGAGAAUGAAGGCAUGUCUAUCGUCGGUGAGAAGGGAAAAGGAGUCGAUUCGAAUUAUCUCUAUGAUCUUUGGUCAAGGGGACGAGAACAACCCAACUUCUUCAAGAUAGACUGUUCUGAAGACUCUCAUCGCAUCUGGUCAAUGGAUACACCCACACGUCAAGCGUAUAUCCGCACAUGGUCUCUUCAAAUCCUUGAAGAACAAGUCACUAGUCUAAACGAAUCCACGCGACACAUGGAUGAGUGUCAAAAACAUAUAGAGAAAGUUUGGAACCAAAGAACAAACUCCAUUCUAAAGUCCAAACGCAUUAUCGGAUGCACUACCACCGCCGCCGCCAUGUACACCGAAGACAUUCGUGCAGUAUCUCCAGGGAUCGUUCUACUCGAAGAAGCUGGUGAAAUACUGGAGUCACAUGUUCUGGCGGCCAUAAAUUCAGAAACGAAGCAGUUAGUGUUGAUUGGAGAUCACCAGCAGCUACGGCCGAAGAUCAACAACUACGCUUUAUCGGUAGAAAAGGGUGAUGGAUAUGACCUUAAUCGAUCCUUGUUUGAACGACUCGUCCUGGCCGGAUACCCCCAUUCCACGCUAGCUAAACAACACCGGAUGUGUCCGGAGAUUUCCUUCUUGGUGCGAAGUCUAACCUAUCCUGAUUUAGAAGAUGCACCAGCCACAUUCUCUCGUCCCGCUCCUCGCGGAUUGCAGGAUCGAGUGAUCUUCUUUCAUCAUGAAAACCCCGAGACUAAAUUCGCUCAAGUCUCUGACCGUCGAGACGAGGGGACAAAAGAGAGCAAAACAAAUCCGUUCGAGGUGGAAGUCGUUCUGAAAAUUGUCAAAUAUUUAGGACAGCAGGGGUAUGGAACUGACAAGGUCGUUGUACUGACACCGUAUCUGGGACAGUUACAUCUCCUGAGGGAUCGGCUAAAAAAGGAUAAUGACCCUGUGUUAAAUGACUUGGACUCUCAUGAUCUUGUUAAAGCUGGACUGCUUUCACAGGCUAGUGCAGAUCAUUCCAAGCGAGCGAUUCGCCUAUCAACUAUAGACAACUACCAAGGUGAGGAAUGUGAGGUUGUCAUAUCCACUCUAACUCGCAGUAACAAUGCCGGCGACAUCGGCUUUAUGGCAGCACCCCAACGACUGAAUGUUCUCUUAUCUCGUGCUCGAAAUGUACUCAUCAUGGUUGGAAAUGGAAAGGAUGUCUGGACCCCGUUCGUGAAUAAUCUUAAAGAAAAAGGACACUUGUAUGAUGGGUUACCAGUGAAAUGCGAACAGCAUCCGACAAGGACCGCAAUAAUUAAAACGAUAGAGGAGUUUGAUACUGAAUGUCCGGAUGGAGGGUGUCUAUUGCCUUGUGGCGUCAAAUUGGCCUGUAGAGUACACACCUGCCCAUACAAAUGCCACCAACUUUCUGAUCACUCCAAAAUGAAAUGCCAAAAAAUCACGGAAUGGAAUUGUUCUCGGGGUCAUAAAAUAACCUGCCUCUGCUUCCAGGCCAACGGUGCAUGUCCACCAUGCAUUUCUGAGGAUCGAGCCAAGGAAGCCAAGAAAAAAAGAGACAUGAAGCUCGAGCUGGAGAGAGAGAGAAAACAGAGAGAAUAUAUGAGAGAGUUGGCGGAGUUACAGGAUGAAAUUUCCCACGAGAGACGACUACGGAGAGAAAGGCGGGAGGACAAAGAUCGGCAGAGAGUUCUGGCACAACAUCGGAAUGAUCUCCAAGGUUUGAGGUCUACUGAUCUUUCAAACAAGGGCAGUACCGAGAUAGAUAUGUUUACAACCGGGGGUACCAAUACCUCAGCAACAAACAGCAACGGCAACAGCAAUGUCAACGUAAUCUCAUCAAGUACUCAUCCUCUACUCUCUACUAAAAAGGAGGCAGAUAAAGCUGUGAAAAAUAACCCAGCGCAGCCAGUUCCGCCAGAGCCCAUGCCAGACAAUUUAUCUGCAAAGGACGAAUGGGAUUAUCAGAAACAGUUUCUAGGCGCGCGCAGUGACAGUAUUGACAAGCUGAUGGCUAUGAUCGGACCUGAGCAAGUUAAAGACAAGUUUCUUACCAUCAAAACUCGAGUUGAUACGGCAUUGCGGCAGGGCGUUGAUCUGAGCAAAGAACGGUUUGGCUCUGUCCUUAUUGGGAAUCCAGGAACUGGCAAAACAACAGUGGCCCGGCUCUAUGCAAACUUUCUCGGUGCAGUUGGAGUCCUCCCUGGAAGCUAUUUUGUAGAAACAAGUGGUUCAAUCCUCGCGAACGAAGGCGUACCAGGUUGCCAAAAGAAGAUCAACACUAUUCUCAACAGCGGCGGUGGAGUCCUUUUUAUUGACGAGGCAUACCAGCUAACUGAAGGCCAGACCCAAGGGGCACAAGUCAUGAACUUUCUCUUAGCAGAAGUGGAGAAUCAAACGGGAAAAAUGGCGGUUGUGUUGGCUGGGUAUCGCACGCAUAUGGAGAAGUUCUUCGCGCAUAAUCCUGGCCUACCGAGUCGAUUUCCACAUGAAUUUAAAUUCGAGGACUACACCGAUAAUGAACUGCUUCAGAUCUUCGAAUUUAAUGUCAAUCAAACAUAUCAGAACCGGAUGAAAUUAGAAGGUGGCAUGGGUGGUCUCUACAGCCGCAUUGUGUCUCGUCGCAUCGGCCGAGGGCGUGGAAAUGAAGGAUUCGGUAAUGCGCGUGCUAUCCAGAACGUCUGCUCAAGAAUAUACGACAGACAAGCGACUCGACUUAAAAGGGAAAGAAAGAAAAAUGCCUCAGCGGAUGAUAUGCUCUUAACGAAAGAAGAUCUCAUUGGCCCUGAGCCAUCAGAGGCUCUACAGAACUGCACUGCGUGGCAGAAACUACAGAGAAUGAUAGGACUUGAUAUUGUCAAGAAGAGUAUCAAGGCAUUCUUGGAUAGCAUACAGUAUAAUUAUCAUCGUGAAUUAGAAGAGAAACCACUGGUGGAAUUCACCUUGAAUCGUGUGUUCCUGGGGUCUCCGGGAACUGGAAAGACGAGUAUUGCCAAACUAUAUGGACAGAUUCUGGUUGAUAUUGGCUUUUUGUCCAAUGGAGAGGUCAUUGUUAAAAACCCAGCGGACUUCGUGGGAAGUGUGCUCGGUGAAUCAGAAAAGAACACAAAGGGUAUCCUCGCAUCAACUGUCGGCAAAGUCCUUGUCAUUGAUGAAGCAUAUGGCCUCUUCGGAGGAGGCACAAAGGAUAAAAUGGGCUCUCAAACGAACCAAUUCAAAACCGCGGUCGUCGAUACAAUCGUCGCAGAAAUACAAAGCACUCCUGGCGACGACCGUUGCGUCUUACUCCUUGGAUUUAAAGACCAAAUGGAGGAGAUGUUCCAGAAUGUCAACCCAGGACUCACCCGACGGUUUCCUCUAGAUACUGCCUUUACAUUUCAUGAUUUCACGGACGAUGAGAUGGGCCAGAUCUUUGACCUAAAAUUGAGGCAGCAAGGCUUUGAUACGACCAGCCUUGGAAGAAAAGUUGCUAUGGAUGUUCUCAGAAGGUCGCGGGAUCGAUCUCAUUUUGGAAACGCUGGUGAGAUUGAUAUCCUCUUGAAUAGAGCCAAGCUUGGUCACCAGAAGAGAAUCAAUACUGGCCAAUCACGCAUAUCGUCGACAUUUCUACCUGAAGAUUUUGAUGAGGAUUAUGAUCGUGGACAACAUGCAGAGGGCAAUGUUACAAAAUUAUUUCAAGGAACCGUUGGAUGUGACAAGAUCAUUGCUCAGAUGGAAGAAUAUUGUCGUAUUGUUCAUGGAAUGAGGGUACUGGAUUUGGAUCCACGAACACAGGCUCCAUUCAACUUUUUGUUUCGUGGGCCUCCAGGAACUGGCAAACCAACUACAGCCCGCAAGAUAGGCCAACUAUACUACUCAAUGAACCUCCUCUCUACAACAGAGGUGAUUGAAUCGUCGGCCACAGACCUUGUUGGCCAAUACAGCGGACAGACAGGCCCCAAAACACAGGAAGUACUCGAGAAAUCACUGGGUAAAGUCCUGCUCAUUGAUGAAGCAUACAGACUGGCUAAGGGGCAAUUUGCCAAAGAGGCUAUUGAUGAGAUCGUCGCUUGUAUUACCCAUCCUAAGUAUGCACAAAAAUUGAUCAUUAUUCUAGCUGGGUAUGAAGAGGACAUUAAUCGGCUCAUGGAUAUUAAUCCGGGGUUGACGAGUCGAUUUCCGGAGUCUAUUGUGUUUCACGGGCUUGAUCCCAAUGCAUCAAUCACAUUGUUGAUUACCUUACUUAGAAAGCAGAGAGAUACUUUGAGAGAAAAGGGGAAGGAGUUCAACAUUGGCAUUCUGGAACACCUACCCGCUGAUUUACGUUGGAAGAUGCACUCUUGUUUUGAAGAACUCUGCCAAACCCCCAACUGGGCUAAUGCGCGAGAUAUCCAGGAUCUGACCAAGAAGAUCUUCGCCAAAGUAAUUCAGAAUAUUGGUGCUGGAAGAGUGGUCCUUACAGAGAGUGAUAUUUUGACACAGAUGGGCCAGAUGGUUAAAGAACGUUCGAGUCAAUCGAGAGUUGGUCAUAGUCAUGCCGGUCGUGUUGUUAACCAUCUUCCAAUUGCCACGGAUACACAAGAUACAGCUGAACCCAGAAUGAAGGCUAGUGUCUCUACAAGUACGACAACGGCUACGAAUAUAUAUACUCUAGCACAGUCGCCAGAUCCUGAUCCAAAUGAACCAAUAACAUCCACUCCGAACACGACUGUUCCACGAGAUGCUGGAGUAUCGGAUGAGAUAUGGAACGAGCUACAACUUGACAAGCUCAAAGCACAGCAGUCAGAACAAGUAUAUCAUCAUCUUCUUCAAGGCAUGCAGACGUUUAAAGAUGCAUUCAAGCAACAGCACAAAACUGCUGAAGAUAAUUCGGCAAAUGACUCCGCAAUAAAAAGAGCCUAUGAAAAAGAACGCCUCCACCGCGAAAUCGAACGAAGAGCGCAAGAAGAGGAACUAGAGAGGCUACGCAAGAAGAAAGCUCAGAUCGAAGAGCAGAGGAGAAAAGAAGCUCAAACGCAGAGGAAACUGAGACAAAUGGGGGUAUGUGUUAUGGGGUACCGAUGGAUUAAGCAGAGCGGUGGGUAUCGGUGUGCCGGAGGUUCGCACUGGGUGUCGGAUGCACAGUUAGAUAUUUAGUUUACCUAGUCGAGUUCGCGGGACUCAAUAUCUCAUAGGUUAUUUAUUAUUCUACUCCAUAGCUUAGAUGCAUAGUAUGCCUUUGCAUCGUCUAUGUCGCCAAGUUACGUUCGUAUAGUACCGCUCAUGUAGCGAUAUCACCACGAUGAAAGCUUCCGCAAAGCUGCCCCCAAAAUCAUCUUCUUAAUUAACGCAUUCCCGAAAAGCUUUUCCGGAGCCAUAGUUUUUAAAUAGGUGUAAAAGGUCACUCCUACCGUUCCUUCAAAUCCCUCUGCCUGACUUAGUUUGUUUCUUAAGGUUUUCGACAGUGUCCUCAUAUCCAUAACUGACCUCUCAACAGCCUCACUAUCUUCAUGCUGGUAGUAUGGUGUAGUUACACUUCCACAGAGGACUUGUGAUAGAUCCUUGGGACCGAAGAAGUACCACCACUUCUGUAAAUCUUCUCCUCCCUCUGCGCCCAGAAAUCCGUUCCUAUACCGUCGUGGCGUUAGUGAAA